AUGUCUAGUCAACAAAUGAAUGUUAUGGGAAAUGAUUAUGGUGGUAGUUCCGGAGAUGAGGCUCAUUUUGCAGCAAUGUCGACGUCUACGGGUCGAACAAGUGUUCAACGAAAGCAACAAAGAACUUCUAAGGCAUGGGAGACAUUUACUUUUAUCCCUGGGAAUCAGUUUGCAGAUAAUAUAUCAAGAGCACAAUGCAAAAACUGUCCCAAGCUUUAUGUGGUUGGUAAAGGUAUUUCUAAUCUCACUCGUCAUAGUUUUAAGUGUAUUGGACGUGCAAUUGAAGUGCCAGUGUCUCGAAUGUUGGAAGCUCAAAAGCAAUAG